AUGUGGAAUGUGAUAGAAGAAUAUUCGGAUUUUAGAUAGUUUCUUGUGUACAGUCGUAGCUCCCAAAAAAUUACAUUAACCCCGCGCUUUUUCUCACUCUAAUUUUGACAACUGACUUUCCAUUUUCAUUUGAGCGAAGAUUUUCGGCGAACUGAUAUUAUUACUAUAGUAUUUUGGAUUUUUUUUUCUAAUUUAAAUCACGAAUCUGUUAUUCGAAAAUAAUUUAAGACUAUAAAACAGUCGGAUUUCAUACAUAUUCAGUUGAAAAUGGAGAAAGAUAAACCGUCCCAAGCAGUGACUAUUCAACGGGGGAAUACAAAGGAAUCGGAUACAAAAGCGAGUUCUAUCGGCUCUAGAAUAUUUGAGAAAUCACAAGACCCAAGAAUAAUACAAGAAGUCUCUAAUUCGGAAGAAUCUGAAAGUGAUCAUAACUAUGAUUUUGAGAAAAAUGGACCAAAGAGAUUAACUGCAUAUCACAACAAAGAAAUUACUAAUAAAAAACCUCGUGUCGACUCUGAAGACCUUAUAAAUGAUCUCGAAGAAUACUAUUUGACAAUCACAAAUUUCCCAAAGGAUUGGAAUUUUCUGCAAAUUAAAAAUUAUUUGGAUAGAAUGUGUGGCCACAUUGAUGAGAUGCAGAUCUUACGAAGGAAAAGAAGAUCAAAAAUCUUUGCCAUAAGACUUACUUUCCAGAGCUUUGAAAAAUGUAUAGAUGUGCUGAAAAAAUUGGAUAAAGUUAUAGUCAUGGGAAAUGUACUGAAAGUGAGGAUAAGUGAGUCAUACAUGGCUUAUUCUGUAGACUGUUCUGGAGUUAACCUGGUGGAUGAUGAUUCUCGGAUUUUUAAAUCUAAAGUGGCUGCAAGCACUCAAUGGAGACCACUUGAUGACUUUUGGGGCAGAGACCCUGAAGGCCUGUAUGGUCUGAAACCAGAAUUCUUGCAGUGCCUGAAUAUAAAGCCACCACUGAGUAGAAUUGUUCACGUUACCAAUUUCAGAUGCGAUAAAACUGAACUAAGAGAAGUAAUGGAGAUGGCGGGUACUGUGACAAUGAUUAGCGUUGUAUAUACGAACCACAAAUACGCCAAAGUUGUCUUCAGCCAUCCUUUAGAAGCUGUCCAGGCCAUUUCUAUGUUGGAUGGACAAAUGUAUUAUGGACUUCCUCUAAAGAUUAUGAUCGAUAGGAACCCCCCUGAUAUCAUUGUGAAGCCUAAAGGCCUUGCUGGGGUUGGCCAGGGCUUAGGACUGCGCGGAGUACCGUUACGGAACAUCGCACAUGAGUACCAAAGAUACUUAACUCAUCAAGAAUCUGCUAUAAACCCUGUGGUGUUUGCAAACAAGAGUAAAGGAAACCUUGAAAAAGAAGACAGCAAAGAGGUUGUAAAGGCUAUUGCGGAGAUUUUUAAAAUGCCGCCCGCUUGUAAUGUAAUUAACUCGACAGUACCAACUGUGCCUAUGAUUGUUAAUAUUGAUGAUUUGGAAUGUCCUGAGCCUGGUCCCGAAGACGGUAAAGAGAGAUCCAAAGCCAGUGGUGGUGCUAAAGGAUGUGAUAAUCAGAAAUCUUCAAAGGAUCGCAAAGAUAUAUCUAAUGGGUCUCCUUCUGUUAAACCAUCUUCUCCAAAGAAACCAAAUUACAGUGUUACCGACAUUAUGCCAAAUUGUAUGGUUAAUUCUUGCAUAUUUAACCCCUAUUUUCGACUUGCUCCAAAUGAUAGGCCUCGGUUCUUUCAUCCCAGUCCUUAUGGACCUCGUUUACCCUACACUAUGGGUCCUCCACCAACUCAUAUAAUGCCACCGACUUUGAAUGGGUUCCCACCAAAAGGAAAUGUGACAGUGAAAUUUUCUAAUCUUCCACCGUCCACGACGUUUCCACUACUCUGUGAACAGUUGGCGCAGUGUGGCCAGGUAAUGGUGGUACAGUUGACUCAGCCAGGAUGUGCUGUGGCCACGUUCGGACAUCCCUCACAAGCUGAGAGAUGCAUUAGUAUUUUCAAAGGACUAAAUGUAAUGGGAUACGUAAUAGACGUCGAGUAUGCCUGAAUAUUGAGAUACUGAAAAGUAAUUGUGUGUUGUUGCUGUAUUUUGGAGAAAUGUAAACUCGAUCUGGUGAUAUUAUUAAAGGAACUGCUUAGUAGUUAAGAACUUCGAUGCAAGAAUGUGAUGGAAGCUAAAAACGAUGGUAUUGAUGGAGAGGAAAAGUGGGCAUUGCGUUAGAUGCACUUCUGUCUACCUCGUAUCUGUCAAGACGAGUAAUUAUUAUGUUAAGAAAUAUUGUAACAGUGUUACCAUAGCAAUCGAUCGAUCCUAUCAAUCGCCAUCGGUUGAUCGAUCGAUCGAUUAGUGUGUUAACUUUAUUGAUCGACGGAUUACGAUUGACUGAACCGGCAACCGAUCGAUGGAAUCGGUCGACGUUAAUUUCACUGUGGGUGACAAUGCGGAGCUCAAGUAGCACGAUCGAUGUUGACUUAUCCAUUCUACCAUCGGCCAAUGGCAUCAAUCGACGGUCGAUCGAUUGCAUUGGUUUAUUAACACCCUUUAUGUUUGUGUGCAGAAAGUAUUGUCCUCAAAUUCCAUGAAUUUUUAGUAUAUUUUAAGUAAGGCUGAUAAUUACUUUAUUAUAUUGGUUGCAGUAGAUAUAACGCUUAUAGACUUAGUGCCUAGGUUUAGACGAAUGUCAGUAUUUAAUAUAGAAACGUCAGUAUUAUAUUACCUAAUAAUUAUAUACCAUGUACCUCGAUUGGUAACUCGGGUAGCUCAUAAUUUAAUUAGGUAAUGAUUUUAAUAGUUUUUUUACUAUUUAGCUUUUUUUAUUAGUAUUAGAAUUUC